GUGCUCGCGCGCGUGAGCGCGUGUGUGUGACACAGAGAUGGUUUGAGUGCUCGAUAUCUGUGCGAUAUCCUGCUGCUGAUCAUUUCUUCUUUCCAGGUUGGAGUUCGGGCUUGGAUAGACGCAAAAAGAGAGAGAGAGAGAAAAGAAAUAGAGAGAGAGAGAGAGAGAGAGAGAGAGAGAGAUGGGCUCCGCGUCUUCCGCUUGCAGGAUCAUUUACCUGGACGUGGACGGCAGGAUUCAGAAGGUGGUUUUCAGCCGGUUCUGUAGUCCCUGUGAUAUCAAGGAGCUCUUUUGCACAGCCACAGGGUUGCCCAGGAAUACAUCCAUUUCCCUGCUAGACUCCACUGGAGCUAUGGUCUCCAUCGACCCCACCAUGCCCAGCAACUCAGAGAGGUCACCAUUCAAAGUGCUUCCCCUCACUGGAGGACAGCUGGCUGAUAAAGAAGAACUUUUUCAGAAUGUACUGACUCAGGUAGCGGAGCAGUUCUCCAGGGCUUUUAAGAUUAAUGAGCUGAAGACUGAAGUGACGAACCGUUUGGCCAUGUUGGAGAAACGAGUGGAAUUAGAGGGGAUGAAGGUGGUGGAGAUUGAGAAAUGUCGCAGUGACAUUAAGAAGCUGAGGGAGGAGAUGGCCUCCAGGAACAACAGUAGUUUCCUGGAUGACAACAAGAAGCUGACUCCUCACAGAGACGUGCCUUCAUACCCAAAGUAUCACCUGUCCAAAGAGACGAUAGACGCAUUGAGACAGCCGAUCUUCGAUGUGUGGCAGUGGGAACCUAACGAGAUGCUCAGCUGUCUUGAGCACAUGUAUCAUGAUCUGGGCCUGGUCCGAGACUUUAACAUCAACCCUAUUACACUAAAGAGAUGGCUGGUUUGUAUUCAUGACAACUACAGGAACAACCCAUUUCACAACUUCCGCCACUGCUUCUGUGUCACCCAGAUGAUGUACAGCACGAUCUACCUCUGCAACCUCCAGGAAAAGUUUACACAGGUGGAUAUUCUGAUCCUCAUGACUGCAGCUGUGUGUCACGAUCUCGAUCAUCCUGGAUACAACAACACGUAUCAGAUAAAUGCACGGACAGAACUGGCAGUGAGGUAUAAUGAUAUUUCUCCUCUGGAGAACCACCACUGUGCCGUAGCCUUUCAGAUUUUCUCCCAGCCAGACUGUAACAUCUUUUCUAACUUCGAUGCCGAAGCUUUCAAACAGAUACGUCAGGGAACCAUCACUCUAAUACUUGCUACAGACAUGGCUCGGCAUGGUGAGAUCCUCGACUCCUUCAAACAGAAGGUGGAGAACUUCGACUUCACCAAUGAAGAGCAUGUCACCUGUUUGAAGAUGGUGCUGAUCAAAUGCUGUGACAUCUCUAAUGAGGUUCGGCCAAUGGAGGUGGCCGAGCCAUGGGUGGAUUGCCUGCUUGAGGAGUACUUCAUGCAGAGUGACAGGGAGAAGGCAGAAGGCUUACCUGUGGCUCCCUUCAUGGACAGAGAAAAGGUCACUAAGCCCACGGCUCAAAUCGGCUUCAUUAAGUUUGUCCUCAUUCCCAUGUUCGAGACAGUGAUGAAGCUGUUCCCUCAGAUUGAGGAGGUGAUGGUUCAGCCACUCAGAGAAUCACGAGACAGAUACGAAGAACUCAAACAGAUUGAUGACGCCAUGAACGAGGUACAGAAGAAGAAGACGGAGAACCUGACCAUGGGAGGGAAAAAGAAAUGAGUGUGGACUUCCUGCUGAUUCUAAAUCCAGAUCCUGAAUGUACAGUAAUGUGACAAGCUGGAAAACCUCCCCGACAAUCCAAAGCCUCUUUCAGGGAAUGUAAACACACACAAAAAACACCUGACUUUAUUCUAUAGAUUUUAUUUGCCUUGUUAUUAUUUGGUUAUAUAUAAAUAUAUAUAUGACAUUAUUCAGACUGUACAGAUUUUUAGUAAUUUUUGUCCUUUAUUACAAAAAUAAAGAGUUUUAAGUAUA